CAACCCUUCUCCUUCUCCACCCACCUCUUUCGGAUCUUCGCGCACGUGCCAAAAAAAUGGUUGCAGGUGCAGAACCCAUCCAGAAUGGUGAUAACACGCACGUUAAAAUUGCUUGCGGCACGUGCGACGAGGAUCCUUUGAACUGGGCCAAGGCAGCCAAGGAACUCCAAGGCUCACACUACGAAGAAGUGAAGCAAAUGGUGCACCGUUUCGCCCGAUCCGAUUCGGUCGUUCUCAAAGGCCAGAACCUCCAAGUGGCUGACGUCGUCGCUGUGGCCCGUCGUCAACCGGAGGUAACUGUCCGGCUCGACUCCGAUGCAGCUAAGCCACGUGUCGAAGAGAGCUCCAACUGGGUUAUGGCUCAGUCUUGUAAAGGCACUGACACUUACGGUGUUACGACCGGGUUCGGUGCUACCUCUCACCGCCGGACGAACCAAGGGAUGGACCUCCAGCGAGAACUGAUCCGGUUCUUGAAUGCUGGUGUUAUUGCCGGUGACGGUAACGAACUCCCCGGUGAUAUCGCACGUGCCGCCAUGCUCGUGCGAACCAACACUCUCUUGCAAGGCUACUCAGGCAUCAGAUGGGACAUACUUAACACUAUCAAAGACCUUGUCAACGCUGGCCUCACACCACUACUCCCUUUACGUGGCACCAUCACAGCCUCUGGUGAUCUUGUUCCACUAUCCUACAUAGCCGGUUUAAUAACCGGUCGACCCAACUCUCGCGUACGUACACCUUCGGGUGAGUUGAUCUCCGGGUCGGAGGCACUUUCCCGGGUCGGAGUGGAUAAACCGUUCGAAUUGCAACCUAAAGAAGGGCUUGCCAUAGUGAAUGGGACGUCAGUCGGUGCCGCACUUGGUGCGAUCGCAUGUUUCGAUGCGAAUGUGCUAGCGGUGGCAUCGGAGAUCACCUCGGCCAUGUUCUGUGAAGUGAUGCAGGGGAAACCGGAGUUUACCGACCCAUUGACCCACCGACUAAAACACCACCCGGGACAGAUGGAGGCUGCGGCAGUGAUGGAAUAUGUCCUCGCGGGGAGUGAGUUGAUUAAACACGCGGCGAAGCUUCAUGAGUUCAACCCGUUACAGAAGCCGAAACAGGACCGUUACGCGCUCAGGACAUCUCCACAGUGGUUGGGACCUCAGAUAGAGGUGAUAAGAAUGUCAACCCAUAUGAUCCAACGCGAGAUAAACUCAGUGAACGACAAUCCAGUAAUCGACGUCGCUCGCGAUAAGGCUCUUCAUGGCGGCAACUUCCAGGGAACCCCAAUCGGUGUCUCCAUGGACAACCUCCGCCUCGCCGUGGCGGCGAUGGGGAAACUGAUGUUCGCACAAUUCUCAGAACUCGUCAACGACUACUACAAUGGAGGGUUGCCAUCAAACCUGAGCGGCGGGCCAAACCCAAGUCUGGACUAUGGUUUUAAGGGUGCAGAGAUUGCCAUGGCUUCUUAUACUUCUGAGUUGCAGUAUCUUGCGAACCCAGUGACGACACAUGUGCAAAGUGCUGAGCAACACAAUCAAGACGUGAACUCGUUGGGUUUGGUUUCGGCACGCAAAUCGACCGAAGCACUUCAUAUUCUUAAGCUGAUGACUGCAACAUACUUGGCCGCGUUGUGCCAAGCCAUUGAUCUACGCCAUCUCGAGGAGAAUCUAAGGCACACCGUUAAGGCAGUUGUCGCACAGGUGGCAAAGAAGACACUGAGCACUGGACCAAAUGGUGAGACACUCCCGGGCCGGUUCACAGAGAAGGACCUGCUGCAGGUGGUGGAGAGUGAACCGGUUUUUGGUUAUGUGGAUGACCCAUGCAGACCCGAUUACCCUCUCAUGCAAAAACUCCGGACCGUAUUGGUUGAACAUUCGCUAGAGGGCCCACAUGAUGUGGCAGAGGUCGAGGUGUCACCUAAAGCCAGUGUGUUUGGACGGAUCAAGCUAUUCGAAAGCGAGCUCAAGGAGCAGUUGGUCCCACACCUUAGGAUCACACGUGCGAAAUAUGAUAAUGGAAAUGCUCCCGUUUCAAACCGGAUCAUGGAUUGCCGAUCUUACCCGGUUUAUAAGUUCAUACGGUCUGUGCUUGGGACUGAACUGUUGAGUGGAACCAGGAAGGUGUCCCCUGGAGAGCAGAUCGAAGCCGUCCAUGCGGCUAUCAGUGAUGGGAGGAUCGUGGGACCGUUGAUGGAGUGCUUGGAUGGAUGGACCCAGAGGCCAGGAUCACUUUGAUUGGUUUGUGAUUGUUUUAUCUAUCUUUUUAUUAUUUUUAAUUUUGUUUAGUUUUUUCUUAUACUUUUUCUCUUCUCGUGUCGCUUGGAGGGAGAAGGUAUGAUAAUAAAUCAUAGUUGUAAGAAAUGAAUAGCUUGUGAAAUGGAAAAUGUGCGGUUGAA